GGACCAAGCGCUCCUGCCUCCCGGAUGCCUGUACAAGCUUCAGAUGAACCACGCCAUUUUUACGGCAGUCGUGGCUUCUCACCAGCAUCGCCAUCAUCAUGAGCUAUUAAUUGAUACGUAACAUCGGCCAAUCUCAAGCCAGGCUCCUGCCUCUGUUGUCGUUCUCAUUCAGUCGUCGCACCCGACAGAACCGGGGCAUACAGCAGGAUGCAGAUCCGCUCAUCGCGGAUAUCCGCCUCCAUCUCGGACGCCAUCCUCGCCGAUUACGGCUACAGCGACGACGGCGACGGCGACGGCCAUGACGAUAACACCGCCCACCAGCGCACAAAGGCGCCCUCGCCGUCGUUUCCCGGCAGCCUGAUCCGUUCCGUCCUCGCCUUCUUCUCCCUCUACCGGCUGGGCCUCGCGCGCUACCGCCCCGCCGACUUCCUCACCCUCCGCCACGAGGUCUGGCACAUGGACGAGGACGAUUACGCCGCCUCAUUCCAGCGCCGCGACACCACCACCACCACCUCAGAAGGAGACGCAAGGGGCCUCGACUCCAAAGGCGAUGGCGGACUCGUCCCCGUGGGCGACCUUGGGUACAGCGGCUCCACCUUCUUCACCACCCCCGACGGCCGCUAUCUCGUCAAGUCGCUGCCGCGGCGCUUCGAGCACCGCUUCUUCACCCACGACCUGUUCGGGCCCUAUGUCGCCCACAUGAGGCGCCACCCGGGCAGCCUGCUGGUACGCAUCACCGACAUGCCCUACACCCCGCGGCCGACGCUCGGCGGCAUUCUCGGCGUGGCGCCCACGCACCACAUCGUCAUGGAGAACCUGCUGCACGGCAGGGAGCAGGCGAGCGACCCCGACGACUGGGAGACGUACGACCUCAAACCCAACGACUACUUCUUUCCGGAACGCGAUAUCGCCGAUGGCCGCCUCGCCCCGCAGAGUGUCAAGGACCGCCUCGUCGACGACUUCCCCGGCGGCGGUGUGCUCGUCGACGCCGCCAUGAAGCGUCAGCUACUCGACGUGCUCGACGCUGACACGCAGCUGCUGGCCGACGCUAACGCCGUCGACUACUCGCUCUUCCUCGUACGCUCCCCCGGCCCGGCGGCCACAAGGUCCUCGACAUCCGGGCCUGUCUCACCAUCGGCAGCCGCUACCGAGGACGCCUGGCGCGCAGGCGUGCCGUCGUCGAACGGGCAGUGGGCGUAUCGCGCCGUGGUGCUCGACUUCUUCUGGGCCAAGCACAAGUUUCGCGCCAAGGCCAUGUCGGGCCUCGUCUCCGCCUUCAACCUCAUCGCCGACAAGGGACCCAUGAGCAUCACGGCCCGCCCUGCAGAAUACCGGACCCGCUUCCUCUCCAUGGUCGACAAUCUCGUUUCGGCUGCGGGCGAGAGGGGCGACGGGUCCGGCCUCGGAGACAACGGCGGACCCUCAUCAUCAUGGCGAUGAUGAGUGGAGAGCAGGAGGGGUUCGACGCGCAGGGGCAGUGUCUGUUGGUAUUUAUCUAGGAAAACGACUAUGUGCCAGGGGCCAAUACGGGGCGGGGAGUCAGCUCAUUGUUUGGGCAGCAUUAGUGAUACCAGACUCGCGAUUGGGCAUAUAUAUGACAUGCACACUCACCCGUUCCACUGCACGAUACUGCCGUGUCACUACGACUUGGAGCUAAAAAUACCAUAGAAGUCUAAUGAGCAGGAGAUGCGACGACGAACCCUCGUUCCCCCGUGCAUGCGGGCCGCUUGCGCUUCUGGCAGCAGCGCCUGCCGUGCGAGCCGUGUUAUCAAUCAGGACGCAACGCCAGCAUCGGCACGGUGGGGUGUCCCUGUCCGACAUAUGGUUCCUCUCCCUCUCUUCCCCGUCCCACAGCAGCUAGCUACUACUGCUAGCUACUACCGUGUAAGUGCAGCUCGAAGCCGCUCCACCUGCACCAGACCGGACCAGACUGGGGGGCACAAUUCCUCGCGAACGGCACACACAAAGGUUCCAAGUCAUCAUUUCGGUAGCAACAUUGCUGCGUCGUCGUCAUCGUCGUCGUCGUCGACAAUCGCAGAUAGAUGCAGGACCAGAUGUCGUAGAGUGAACAAGGGGGGGCGGCUGCAAGGUACGAGGGACGGACCCACCAAAAGCGUCGUCUGAGGUGCGUGGAGGAGAGGAGGGCGUGCGUGUCUCUCUCCCACUGCCACCAUCAAUUGGUACUGCACUCCCUCUUUUUAUUUUCGUUUUCCCUUGGCGGAAGGGGAAUAGGUACGAGGGGUAGGAGAAAGGCUCCAUUGCCUACCGUUCACACCGUGUCGUGCACGAGGCACAGCAGAGAUUUGCGUGCGCGCGUGCGUGAUUGCUUUCUUCCACAUACGUACUUUGUAAAGUUAGUUGCCUGUUGGGUCAAUCGUGCUCCACGUUGCGUACGUGCUGGGUUGGAGCACCAGCCCUGAUAUGAUGGUCGCAUAAGUUGGCGUUACGGAACGGAGCCGGGGGGGGGCGUGUGGAUGACUGAUGGACUGAACACAUGAAGAGAGGACAUGUUACGUACUUGUCCGUCAUGAGCGACAAGAUGAGCGAGACAUUACGAGACCGGGAAGGGCCGGGGGAGACUGGUGAACGUUUUUUUCUUUCGUUCCUUUUUUUCUUCUGUUACACAGUCUUUCAUUUUCUUUUGUCUUGUUGCCCGAUGGCUUGAUGCUCAUCGCAGGUCUUUAAAUUGCAUCUAAUAAAGUCUGACGUGUAACUAAAAACAUUGACAAUCUCUGCUUAUUCUCAUCCCCCGUCGAGGGCCAGCAGCGAACGUAAGUGCUACUGUAUAAUAACAAAACCGUCCACCGUAGUGCGUGGAAAGAAGGCUAGGGACACUACUCCUACUACUAGCGGGAGAACCUGUGAUAUGAUAUUGGGGGAAACGGC